UCUGACUGGAAGAAGGAAGGUUUUUGUGGAAACUUGAGGACAUGCGGCGUCUCCGGCAAACUUUGCUCAAACUAAACUUUGUGGGAUCCGGAGAGAAAGAGCCGAACCUGGAGGAAUGAAGUGAAGAGGAGAGGAGAGGAGAGAAAGGGAGGAGGAGAAGAGCCGAUCACUCCCAUUGAUCCAACAUCGAGAGACUACAACGCUGCAUCUCGAGCUUCUCUGUGGGAAUAAUGAGUUAAAGACUGUGAAAAACAACAACAACAACAACAACAACAACCAGUGGCGUCUGAUGCAGAGGAGUUUUAAAGGGCUCCUGCAGAGAAGAUGCGCGCUGCCGCCAUGGCUCUGACCGCGCUGAGUGUUUUCUUCAGCCUGGACUGCCUUUCAGCGCACCGAUCCAAACCAGACCAGGUCCAGAUCCAGGUCCAGGAGCAGAGUGACAGAAACACGCUGAAGGAUGCAGGGACAGAAGCGAAGAAGAAGAAGAACCAGCCGCACAUCUUGUUCAUCCUCACAGACGACCAGGGCUUCAACGACAUCGGCUACCACAACCCGACCAUCAAGACCCCCACUCUGGACAAACUGGCGGCUGAAGGGGUAACGCUGGAGAACUAUUACGUUCAGCCCAUCUGCACGCCGUCACGCAGCCAGCUCAUCACCGGCAGGUAUCAGAUCCACACAGGACUACAACACUCCAUCAUCAGACCGAGGCAGCCGAGCUGUCUGCCCUCACACAUGGACACUCUGCCCGAGAGGCUGCGAGAGGCCGGCUACAGCACGCACAUGGUCGGCAAGUGGCACCUGGGCUUCUACAGGAAGGCCUGCCUCCCCACUAAAAAGGGUUUCGACACUUUCUUCGGCUCUUUAACUGGAAGUGUGGAUUACUACAGUUAUGGGUCAUGUGAUGGCCCGGGGCUGUGUGGGUACGAUCUCCAUGACGACGAGGGUGUGGCAUGGGGCCAGGAGGGGAAAUACUCCACCACGCUUUUCACACAGAGAGCGCGCAAGAUCCUGGAGACGCACGACCCCACGGACAGACCGCUCUUCCUGCUGCUCUCCCUCCAGGCUGUUCACACUCCUCUGCAGACUCCAAAGUCUUACAUCUAUCCGUACCGCGACAUGACUAAUGUGGCCAGGAGAAAGUUCGCCGCCAUGGUGUCCACGGUGGACGAGGCGGUGCGGAACGUGACCUACGCCCUGAGAAAGUACGGAUACUACCGCAACAGUGUGAUCAUCUACUCCACGGACAACGGAGCCCAGCCGUUCACUGGAGGCAGCAACUGGCCGCUACGAGGCCGUAAGGGAACGUAUUGGGAAGGUGGAGUCCGCGGCGUGGCGUUUGUUCACAGCCCUCUGUUGAAACGAAGGAGACGGGUCUCUAAAGACCUGCUGCACAUCACAGACUGGUUCCCCACACUGGUGGGACUGGCCGGAGGAAACAUCAGCAAGAGCCCGGGCCUGGAUGGUUUUGAUGUGUGGCCCACCAUCAGUGAGGGGAAGGAGUCGCCCCGUCAGGAGAUCCUUCACAACAUCGACCCUCUGCACAAACCUGUGGUGCAGAAUAUGAAGUGGGACACCAGCACGGAGGAAACGGCAGUCCACAAAUCAAAAGGUCACGCUGUGAAGAAACCAAAGAAGAAGAUCCUGAGGCAGAAACCGAAGCAGAAGUCCGCCUUCAAAGUGAAGAACGUCAAGAAACAAAGGAAGUCUUCUGAUCAUGCUGCCAAGUUGAAAAAUACCAAGCCCCCUCCCAAACUGAAGCUCGAGACCGUCCCAAAAUCAAAACAUAACCCUAAACCCACGACCAAGACGAGGGUCAAGGUCAAGGUGUACCCUCAGAACCAGAAACCACAUUAUUACAAACCACAUCUCAAGUCCCACUCGAGCGGUCCUCCUUCAGCCUCAGGAACGUCUCUCCCUGAUUUUCCGCCUCACAUUAAACCACAUGUGAAGUCAAAAUCCAGGCGGACCACAUCCCAGAAUCUGUCAUGGUCGAGUCCCCCGACCCCAAAAUCUAAGACUAAACUCAAACUACAUUUAAAGUCCAAGUCCAGGAGGACGUUAUCCCAGUACCAGAACGCGUCCCAGCAAGACACAUUGCUGCUGCCUAAAUCCCUCCCAACACCAAAGUUUAAGCUGCAGCCGCCCCAGCCCGUGUGGGACACCUCAGUCCAGGCUGCCAUCAGAGUCCGAGACUGGAAGCUGCUCACAGGAGACCCGGGUCAUGGAGACUGGGUUCCCCCACAGGUACUCGCCACCCUCCCCGGUCCGUGGUGGAACCUGGAACGAGCCCAGACCACCUCCUUCAAAACCUCCACCCACAAAACCGUCUGGUUGUUCAACAUCACAGCCGACCCGUGUGAGCGGCAAGACCUAGCAGACCAGAGGCCGGACGUUGUCCAACAGCUGCUGGCCAGACUCGUCCACUACAACCAAACGGCCGUUCCGGUUUAUUUUCCGCCCGACGACCCGCGAGCCAACCCCGAGCUGCACGAGGGAGCCUGGGUACCGUGGGUGGACGAGGAGGAGGACUCGGAGGAGGACAAAUACCAGGGAGUUUAUAAAAAAACGAAGAAGAAGAAGAAGAAGAAGUGCAAGCUGUGCAAGCUGCAGUCGUUCUUUCUGAAACUGAACACCCGGAUGAUUUCCAAUCGGAUCUGAGCGGACUGUCAGAGACGUCUGAAACGUUUGUGGUUUGUUCAACUCCGUCUUUAAUUCUUCCAACCAGUAGGAACCAUGUCAGCACAUUCAUGUUUUUUUUUUUAGCUGGCCUUGUUUUUUUUUUCUAUUCAAAAAUUGAGUUACAUUUUGUUCUGUACUUCCAAGAAGAGUUGGAGGACCCCUCCCCCUUUUUCUUGUUUCCUUACAGCGAGGACUGAGAAACGCUGCAGAUCUUAGAGUCUGGUUCUGAUGGACUUACUUCGCUCUUCCUUCAGGAAUAAAUCCUCCUCGAACAGAAGAGGAACCAGGAGAAGUGACAAAGGUGUAUGCUGGAAGGACGCAAAUCUGAAUUCAACUGAGAGAACUGAGAGAACCUUUAGUGCAAUACCAACAACUACCAUCCCUAAAAAAAAACCUGCCUCACAACAGCUGCCUUAAAAAUGGAGGGGAAGGUGGAAUAAAUGUGCACAGCUUAUCUCAAACGCACAGACAAGAGGAGGCAUCCUCCAUCUUGUUGUUGUUGUUGUUGUUGUUGUUUGUCUUCAGAGGAGAAACCAUCCAUCUUAUAUCACUUUGGAGUUUCCUAUUUACGCUGCACUUGCAAAAAAAGAAGAUAAAAGUUUGUAGUUCUCCAGGAGCUCCAGGACUGUUUGGUCUGAAAACUCCUGAUGUCAUGUUGAUACACACUUUAAUAUAUGCUCUCAUAUCUUCUCUUAAAUGAGGGAUCUUUUAUAGUGACGCUACCUGAACGGGCAGAAACAUUAAAAAAAAGGACUUUUAAAAGCUCCGUUAAAAAAAGAAAGAUAUUACUAAAAUAUUAUACUUUACUUUUAAAUUAUUUUCACACUUACCCUCCAGUGAUAUGUGAUGUACAUACAGAUACUGAUUGUGGAUGGAGGGUGUUUUUGAGAUUAGUGCCGGGAGAAUCAGUUUUCAUACUUCAUUGGAGUAUUAGGGCCACAUUAAGAGUGAAAAAAUCUGAGAUUUGGAGAUUAAAGUCAUACAUUUAAGAUAUUAAAAUUGUAAAUUUACAAGAUUAAAGUUGGUUUUUUAGUCUGUAGUUAUAUCAGUAGAGCAGUAAAAUGAAAAUGAGGAACACUGAGCAUCGUUUUUCUCGUAAAUGUUCGACUUGAAUCUAGAAAAAAUGAUUUUCCGUGGCUCUUACACUCCGUCGUAGAAAACAGCAAGACUUAUAAACUUAAUAAACUUCAGCAGGUCAGCGGGAAACGUUGUGAUUUUAGAGAACUGAUCCUUUAAAUUGCUGACUUAGACAGCUGUAAUGUUUAUUAUGCCCAUCAUGACUUAUUAUGGGAUUUUUAGGACUCUUUGCAUCCUCCUUUCUGAUUUUUACAUCGUGUUGAACUUUUUAUCGGUCACUAAACGACAGAGCUCCUGAUACGAGCUCUGACUGUGUGCAGCAGUGAAAUGUAUUUUUGACUCUGUAAAUUAUUCCUGUUGUGUUUUUUUCUUUUUAGUUUUGAGCAGAAUGGAGCAGAAGACCUUUGUUUUCAUGAUCUCUGUGUGGAGUGAUGUGCUCAGGUUAGAAGUCUUUACAACAAUUCAAAAACUUCAACGUCCAACAUUUACGUUUUGAAGCUUAAAGUUUCAAAGUGCAUGAACGUGAUGAUUAUUCUUAAUGUUAUAUAACUUUGUUUGUUUGAGUAUUUAAUAUUUUCACAUGUUAAGUUACACCUCAGAGUCAUCAUAGCUAGUGUUGUAGUACUCCAGAUCGAUCUUAGUCUUAAGACCGGUACGAGACCACUUUUUGAAAGUCAUUUUUACUCUCAGACUGGGUGGACCCCAGAUUUAAAAUCAAGUCAAGACCACCACUAAUAGACUUCUACAACCUUCCCAGUCUACGUAAGUGACACCUCCCUGCACACAAGAUGAUGAUUUUCCAUUGAUAUUUAUGCUCUUGGUCUUGUAUUGGUCUCGCCCUGCCUUGGUCUUGGUCUUGACUCGGUCUUGAUCCUUAAAUGUCU